UGUACCCCGCGGAGGUUCUGCGUUUCCGUGCUCCAGCGUGCACGACACCAGCCACAACACACGCACACACGAACACUCACAUUCGUUUCACGGGAGCGUACACGCGAGCGAAGCCACACGCACCCACACACACGGAUCGUGGAAGGGCCGCGUGUACACGGGGUUACGCGCGCGCGACUCCGUCUUCGGCUGCGGCGUUCGCACACCUGUUCCUCUCGGGGAACACGCCGAUAUCCGUGGCGAACAGUACGCGACAGUUUGACCGACGCGCGUGGUUAUCGCCGACCACUGGCUGUCCGAAGCGCGCGUCCAGCGAAAGGGGUGAGAUCAUCCCCCGAGGCGCGGGACCCCGAAGUCUCGGUUUGAAUCGUGGUAUCCAGUGUGUCCAACGAUUUGUGGAUUAAUCCUGCGAAGCUGACCAUAAUUCUCGAGCUUCGCCACCUUCGAUCGGUUUGGAGCAAUGUGUAUUGGAUGUUUGCUUCAGACGAGAAAGUUAGAUCCUGUGCGAAUUGAGGACUAAUGGUUCCGGUGCACUUUAAUUUAAUGAACAGUGACAUAAUCGUAAGGUAUGAACAGUGUCGAGUAUCUCGUGCGAUUUCACUUGUAAAGUCCUUCGGCAUCGAGAAGCACGUGCUCCAGUUGCUCUGGUGAUUGAACAGUUCGAAGAACAGGUGGUGCGUCGACUGUUGAACGAGCCGUCGCAUUUAAUUCUCAUUAGUCUUUUGGGAAACGAUUCGAGGGUCCGUCGAAGUAGGUCGUCGGGGUUCGUGAAAGAGACCAAGGAAGAAGAAGAAGAAGAAGAAGAAGAAGAAGAGGCGCGAUCUUAUCGAGCGUGCGUCACGUGAACAACGACGCGACGCGGCUCGACUCGAUUAAUUACCGUCGCUCGAGGUGAAACGGGCGAGCAGGGAGAAAGACAGCUGGAGAAAAAGGGGGAAAACGAGAAGGAUCGUAACGACGUACCGAUAUCGCACGAUCAAAGGCAACCGUACGAGGGAAAGGUACCUACCUACCUGUCGCGUCGCGAGAGUGCACGUAAACAUCUUCCAGGCCCCCGUCCCGCAUCCUCGAUAACUCCUCGCCGUCGAGGAGUCGUGGUCGUCGUGUUGGAAAGUCGGAGUCGAUCUCUCGCUGAGAACGAUCCUGCUACAAUAAACCGCGAGUAUCCGCGAGAAAACGGGUCGGAACUCUUAAGUAAAUACGCAUUACCCGGAUCGUACGUGCGCGUCUUGCCGAUCGCUCGUAAAACGAUAACUUAUGAUAUAGUAGUGUUAAACAGUGCUUCGUAAGGAGAUAGAAGUGUCUUGGAAUGUACGAAGUGGAGAACCGUGAAAAUUGAUGAAUCGACGUCAGUGGCUAGCGUAAUUGGGUGUGUAACCGCGGACCGGAAGUAGUAGGAAUACAUAAGAAGUGAAGUGUGCCCGAUCGACGAACGAGGAUCUGUAUUACCCGGUCGAUCGUAUGUACGGUGUGACGAGUGGUUUUCGAGGGUUUUGAGCUGACAGGGGAUACACGGAUCUAUAGGAGUGGAAGAGUCAAACGAGCCGAUUCGAUAAAUCGUUAGGAGUGGCUGGGGAAGAGUACAGGUGACCCACGGGGAAUGGUGAUGCGGUAGUCGAGGGAUUCCUCGAGGAAAGACAUGAGGGCGGCCGCCGCCUACGUCCUGCUCCUUGCCCACCUCAUACAGGCGACGAACGCGAGCGGUUUCUUCGAGGUGCAGAUCCUCUCGCUGACGAACAACAGGGGCACUCUGGUGGACGGUAGGUGUUGCGGCGGGGGAGCUGAUGGCGGAGGAAAGGGUGGCUCGCCACCCUGUACGACACCGUGCUCGACGGCCUUCUGGCUCUGCCUGAAGGAGUACCAGUCGAACGUCACCGCCAUCGGCUCAUGCAGCUUCGGCAACGUAUCUAGUCACGCCCUCGGCCAGAACACCUUCACCCUCACCGAACCAGUCACCCUGCAACUGCAUUUCACCUUCCGAUGGACGAGGCAAUUCACGCUGAUCCUGCAAGCGAGAGACGAGGCGAGCGCGGGCGUGAUCGAGGAAGCGAGUUACAGCGGUAUUGUCCUGCCAGGACCUACGUGGCACACUCUCAAUCAUCAAGGAAAGAACGCUCAUCUAGCUUACCGCGUUCGGGUCCAGUGCGCGGACCAUUAUUACAACGCGACCUGCACGAAGUUUUGCCGGCCGAGGAACGACAUAUUCGGCCAUUACACCUGCGACGAGAACGGCGACAAGGUGUGCAUACAGGGUUGGAAAGGGUCCGACUGCGAGACAGCGGUUUGCAAGGAGGGUUGUCACCCCGUCCACGGCCACUGCAACGUGAGCGGCGAGUGCAAGUGUCGACACGGCUGGCGCGGUGAGCUUUGCGAUCAGUGCACGCCUUACCCCGGCUGCAAGCACGGUUACUGCAACGGUUCCAGCUGGCAAUGUAUCUGCGACACGAACUGGGGUGGUAUCCUCUGUGACCAGGAUUUAAAUUACUGCGGCACGCACGAACCUUGCCAGAACGGGGGCACUUGCGAGAACACGGCGCCGGAUCAGUACAAAUGCACGUGCCCGGAAGGAUUCUCCGGGCCGACCUGCGAGAAGGUCGACAACCCCUGCGCCUCGAAUCCGUGCGCGAACGGGGCUACCUGCAGGCAACUCGGCGAGAGCGCGCACUGCGUGUGCGCUGCCGGAUUCACCGGGCCUUAUUGCGCCACGGACAUCGACGAAUGCGCCUCCCGACCGUGUCAGAACGGUGGCAUCUGCGUCGACGGGAAGAACAGCUUCGUUUGCAAAUGUCCGCCCGCCUGGCAGGGCGAAAUCUGUCAAUUCGACGUCGACGAGUGCGGGCUGAAGGAGUCACCAUGCAAGAAUUCGUUCUCCUGCGUGAACCUCGCCGGUGAUUACAGAUGUCGGUGCAGAAGCGGUUUCACCGGGAAGAACUGCACGAAGAACAUCAACGACUGCGUUGGUCAAUGCCAGCACGGUGCACUGUGCAUCGACCUGGUGGAUGACUACCAUUGCAGCUGCACCGCUGGUUACUCCGGCAAGGAUUGCGACGUGGACAUCGACGAGUGCGCUUCGAAACCCUGCCAGAACGGCGGCGAGUGCCGGGAUCUGGUAAACGCAUAUGAGUGUGUCUGCCCCGUCGGUUUCACCGGGUACCAGUGCGAGAUCGACAGGGAUCACUGCAGUCCGAACCCGUGCCGGAACUCCGCACCCUGUUUCAACACACAGACCGAUUAUUACUGUCAUUGCCCGGAACAAUGGCAGGGGAAGAACUGUUCCGAGCCGGCAUCGCAUAAUCCACAAUUGAGCGUCACGGAUGAUGAGGAAGCUGGCUGUGGCAGCGAAGGUACGCCGUGUGGCGGCAGAGGCAAAUGCAGCGGAGGCAGAUGCAUCUGCGAUCCCGGCUACACUGGAAUGCACUGUCACGAGAACAUCAACGAUUGCAGAGGCAACCCUUGUUUAAAUGGUGGCACUUGUGUGGAUCUGGUCAACUCGUUCCAAUGUGUCUGUAGAGAGGGAUGGACCGGAGACCUUUGCGAUCAAGAUGUAGACGAAUGCACGACGUCGCCCUGUCGGAACAACGGAACUUGCGUGGACGGAGUUGCAGACUUCACAUGCAUCUGCAGGGGUGGCUGGAAGGGUAAAACCUGUACGCUCAGAGCCGGUCACUGCGAGCCGGGGACCUGCCGUCACGGGGGAACCUGCCAAGACCGGGGCGACGGAUUCACCUGUCACUGUCCUCCAGGAUGGGAAGGAGCAGCGUGCCACAUAGCAUCUCCGGCGUGUGCGAGCAGCCCUUGCGAGAACGGCGCGACCUGCGUGAACACCGCCGAUGGGAACUACAGAUGCGUUUGUCGCGAGGGCUACGAGGGUCCCAACUGUCGCCGGGACGUCGACGACUGUAAACCGUUGCCUUGUCUGAACGGCGGUAAAUGCGUCGACGGGAUCAAUUGGUUCAGGUGCGAGUGCGCAUCGGGAUUCACCGGCCCGGACUGUCGUAUAAAUGUGAACGAGUGUGCCAGCGAUCCUUGCACAGGUGGUUCUACCUGCGUCGACGGUAUAGCGAGCUAUUCCUGCGUCUGUCCACCAGGAAGGACCGGGGUGCGUUGCGAGAUACGCACUGCUGGUGGACCAGGAUGCCCCGCAGCCAGUUGGGACGACGAGUGCAACGUUUGCGAGUGCCGCAAUGGGAAAAACCAGUGCAGCAAUAUCUGGUGCGGUCCCGGUAACUGUUUGAACGGUACCUCGUGUCUAGCUCACGAAGUAUGCGUCCCGAGUCCCAGCGAGAGCUGCCUGGUUCCGCCUUGUCCAGCUUGGGGAGAAUGUCGACCCGUGGAAACCGGAAGAAGAGUAGGACCGCCAGCUUUGCCGGCACCGCCGUCCUGUUGGCCUGGACAAGCUACACCGGGCCCAACUUGCUCUAGAUUGACAAUUUUGUUAAGAAGAGACACCCUCGCUCCUGGCACGUCCGUUGAGAUCCUCUGCAGACGCUUGAGGAAACUCCUAGCUGACCCGAGGAGGCCGCAAUCGAUCGUUUUGCUGUGCGAUCUCAAACCUGGUGACAACGACACGAUAGAAGUGACUAUCUUCUCAGAGGCGGCUGCAGACGCGGCUAGAGAUCUCGGCGAGGCUCUCAGCAGGCCCCUGGGCAGACCUCUCGCUUUGGCCUCCGUAUUGGAAGUCAAGGUAGAGACGGCUCUGUUAAGUGAACCGAGCUCUGUGAAUUCGAACAGCGCUGGGAACUAUGUAGCUGUAUUAGGCGGGGCUCUAGCAACCGUCUUGGUGCUCGCAUUGUUCAGUGGGCUAUGGUACCUUCGAAUGGUCAGGCAAAGGUCUAGCCUGACCGCGACGACCAGCAGCGAGACCUCGUUGCAUCGACAUCGGAGCGACUUGGACGAAAAGUCGAAUAAUCUUCAAAACGAGGAGAACUUGAGGAGAUACGCGAAUCCUCUGAAGGACCAAGAUCAAGGCGAACCGAGAGUGUCCGUGGUGAGACCUCUCUCUGGAGCGUCGUUGGGUGCUCUUGGUGCCGCCGAAGAAAGCUUGGAGAUGGUGUCCGAAGAGGGUAGACAUCGUUUACCACCGCUGUACAAACCUCCCAGCGCGGAGGCAAGGAACAACACAGCCAGUUUUACGUACGAGGAAGGACCACAUAAACCUUACAGCAAACCCAGACUUCAAGAGCCGACGUAUUCUCAUCAGCAACCUGGCACCAGCCAAACCGCCGGACCCCAUCAAGUGCUGACUGUUCAUGUGUAAGAAAGACUUGUGUAUGAUCGUUGAAAGUUUCACCUAGCCUUGGUACUUGGGAAUGAAGAUGCCAUUUGAGACGAGUCAACGGAUGUCACGAAGGGAGGACAUCGACGAAGAGAAGAUAAAAGCCUUGGUGGGUACACUGUACUGUGGUCUCAGAUGCUACGUGUCUUUGCAGGUAGUUUUAAUGAACAAGCUUAAAUUUUUCUUUAUUAAGAACAAGAUUCGUUUGCCUCUAGAGAUGAAACUGUAUAAAAUCGCCCGCGAUCUCUUAAGUGUUAGACGCGAGACCUUGAAGAUAUUGAACUUGAUUUUUUCCUCCGUAGAAUAAUAGAAGCAAGAGAGACAGAAACGUAGGAAGAUAGAGAGACGAAAGAAAAAAUCGUUUGUUACUUUUCGAAAAAAUUUUGAUACGAAUCGUUGAUCUUUAAAAAUCCUGCAGACGUAAUCUAUCAUUAAAAAGACUCGCCCUCUGUCUUCCUGCAUUGGACUCCUCGCUGUUCCACGACAAUAAUCUAUAAUUAUACGCCGAGUUGUUUUAUCGUUGUACAUAUGUACAUAGCCCGUACUUAUUAAUUUCGCUAAGCCUGUAUCAUCUCCGACCGCCGACGUCCCUUAUGGACAGCCUUAAGAUCUAAGUAUCGACGUUGUACCGCGUUUGAAAUCGUAGGCAUUCCCUAAUUAAUGUAAACAACGGCCGAGUAAGACGGAGCAGCCGAUCGUAGGCACUAUAAUAGGACUAUAAUAAAUAGCACGUAGGCGAAUUUAAGAAAGAAUCUGCGUGAACGCAGGCUUCGGACGUUCCGUCGGACGAUAUUAUUGUGAUACUCAUCGGGUGAAAGAGUGUGAGAGAAAGAUAUUCCGCGUGGAAUCGUGAUCGAGCCCCGUGAGACACCCUCUUUGGAAAAAUCAUAAUUUUGAACCUCGACCUCGCAACGGGAAACAACGCUGGUCAAGGGGAUCGCGCGUGGUUCGAUCAUCGAACUUGGUCUUCCUAAUGCCUAGGGUAGACCUAGAAACACUUUACACUUUUAAUCUGACCAAUACGUGUUUCCAAGUUUGUUCGAGACACGUAAGCGUAUUUACGACAAAAACCUGUCGCUCCAGAAUUUAAUUAAGAGAUUUAAUUAAUUAUUCAUGGAUGUACAACGAAUCGAUCGACAACGGAAACCUAUUUUCUUAUCCGCGUGUUAGAGGGUGAGCAACGAUCGAUCGACGAGACGCGUAUACAUUCGUAUAAUCGAAUCGAUGUAUGAUGUAAAUAGACCCAAGUAAAUAGGAUCCAGAUAAUUUUCCCUGCCCGACCAAUCUUUUUGGAUCUCCCUUACUUAUGCCCUCAUAAUUUUUCCCUUUUAGAUGUGCAAUUUUAUUCUUCUUUUCUCCUUAGCGUCGUUCCAAUGGCGAAGCGCGAUCAGUCUAAUAGACUCUUCUUAACGUGAGAAAGCGAGAGACCGCAUAAAUUCGUAUUAGGCGUACGUAAGCUGUAACGGAAGAAAUUUUUAUAACAGAUAGUUUAUUUUAUAAAGAAAUCUAUGUUAUUAUACAAAAUAUUAUAGAA